AUGUCUACUACCGCGACCGAGGUCAGCACGACGUCCUUGAAGGCCCCCGAAUCAUGGGAGGUAGUGAGAGACAGAAAGAGACAGGAACAGCUUUCGAGAAUCCCGGAAGCAUGGCACCUGACGGAUGCGAUGCGCCCGCCGAAGGGGACUGUGGAUGUUCGGCCUGUUGCACUCACCUCUGGGAUUCUUUCUGAACGAGAGCAACUGAUCACGGGAGAAAUAUAUGACGCUACUUCGUUGGCAGAGGAAAUCUCCAAAGGUACAUUUACGGCGACGGAAACGAUCACAGCAUUUUGCAAAAGGGCUGCCAUUUGUCAACAGCUGUGCCAGGCGUUAACGGAGAUAUGCUUUACCGAAGCAAUUGAAAAGGCAAAGAAAUUGGACGAGCAUUUCCAAAAGACCGGGAAGACGGUGGGCCCGUUGCAUGGCUUGCCGAUGAGUUUCAAGGAAUGCUUCCAUAUCAAGGGAUUCGAUGCAAGCAACGGCUAUAUUUCUCGGUGUUUUGACCCAUCCACCACAACAACUCCGAUAAUCGAACUGGUGGAGGAAGCUGGGGCAGUUGUCAUCGCGAAGACCAAUGUUCCACAGACCAUGCUUGUCGCCGAGUGCGAUAAUAAUGUCUUUGGGCAUACUGGUAACCCAGUCGUUAAUCACCUGUCCUGCGGUGGCAGCAGCGGCGGCGAAGGGUCUCUCUCAGCUUUCCGAGGCAAUGUGUUGGGCAUUGGUACCGAUGUAGGUGGAUCGAUCCGCCUUCCUGCUGCCUUCAAUGGUGUGUAUGGUUACAAGCCCUCGGUUGGAAUUCUUCCCUUUAUCGGCUACGCUGCCUCUGGCUGGACCGGCGUUAAUACAGGAAUACCCGCCGUAUUGGGGCCACUGGCCCAUUCGGUGCGUGAUAUGACUCUAUUCACAAAGGCGGUCCGCUCUUAUGAGCCUUGGAAGUUUGAUCCUGCCGUUAUUGCUGGUGCAAUGGGACAACAACCCCUACCAUCUGCACAGAAACCAGUCAUCGGUAUUCUCCACGCAUCUGGACUAACUCCGCACCCUCCCAUGCGCAGAGCAAUUCGCGAGGCACAGGAGAAGCUCACCGCUGCUGGAUAUGAGGUCAAAGACUUUACUCCCAUCUGCCCCGACUUUGCAGAAAUUCGCGAAAUAUGUAGCCAGUUAUUCACCCUGGAUGGACUUUCAUACCAGAGAAGAGAGCUUUCCAAGGCAGCUGAGCCAGUUGUUCCGUCCGUGGCAAACUUUGGAUACUGGGAUCUCCCAAGAAAAACACAUGAAGAGGUUUGGGAAUGGAACACUAAGAAGGGAGCCAUGCAGAAGAAGAUGCUGGAUGCUUGGCAACAAGCCGGGAUUGACUUGCUCAUUACUCCAGCUGCCCCUCAUACAGCUAUCACGAAAGACAAGUGUACAUCAGAGUUGUAUACUGUAGUCUGGAACGCCAUGGAUUAUCCGGCUGUUAUCGUGCCGUUCUCGAAGGUGGAUCCUACCUUGGAUCCCAAGGACGAGGACUUCAAGGGCAUAAGUGCCAUGGACCAUGAUAUCCAAGCGUUAUACAACCCGCAACUCAUGGCUGGCUCUCCAGUAUCCAUUCAAAUCGUCGCUCCAAGGCUCCAAGAUUCUGCUUUGCUGGAACACGCUGAGACUUUGGACAAGAUCUUCAGGGGUGUGUAG